AUGGCUGUUGAAAACGUUUGCAUUAUUGGUUCCGGUAACUGGGGCUCUGCUAUUGCCAAGAUUGUUGGCGAGACCACUUCCAAGCAUAGCGAUGUCUUCAAUACCACCGUCCGUCAAUGGGUGUUCGAGGAAACUAUCAAUGGCGAGAAGUUGACCGACAUUAUCAACACCAAGCACGAGAAUGUCAAGUACCUUCCUGGUGUCACAUUGCCCUCCAAUGUCGUUGCCAUUCCCGAUGUCGUUGAAGCAUGCAAGGAUGCUACUCUUAUUGUGUUCGUGCUUCCUCACCAAUUUGUCCGUGGCGUUUGCGAAAAGAUGAAGGGUCACUUUGCUCCCAAUGCACGUGCUAUUUCUCUUAUCAAGGGCUUGGAAAUCACCUCUGAUGGCACUCGUUUGUUCUCUGAAGAGAUCUCUCGUGUUCUCGAUAUCCCUUGCUCUGCUUUGAGUGGUGCCAACAUUGCUGAUGAAGUUGCCCGUGAAAAGUUCUGUGAGUCCACUGUUGGCUGCACCAACAUGCAAGAUGGUGCUGUUUUCCAUAAGCUUUUCGACACUCCUUACUUCCGUAUCAAUGUCAUUCAAGAUCACGUUGGCGUCCAAUUGUGUGGUGCUCUCAAGAAUGUGGUUGCUGUUGGUGCUGGUUUGUCGGAUGGUUUGGGUUAUGGAAGCAACACCAAGGCUGCAAUCAUUCGUCGUGGUCUUAUGGAAAUGCGUAAGUUUGGUCAAACCUUCUUUGGUGAUGUUGUCAAGACCGAGACUUUCUUUGAAUCUUGUGGUGUCGCCGAUCUCAUCACUACUUGCUCUGCUGGUCGUAACCGCAAGGUCGCUGAAGCAUUUGCCAAGACGGGUCAACCCAUUGAAAAGUUGGAAGCCGAAUUGCUCAAUGGCCAAAAGUUGCAAGGUACUCUUACUGCUCAAGAAGUUCACGAGUUCCUCUCCGCAAGAGGCAUGGUCGACCAAUUCCCCUUGUUCCACACCGUCUACCGCAUCAUCUACGAAGGUCUCGACACCCAAGCUAUUGUCCGCGACAUCUAA